CAGUCUCCAUCCUCACGUGUCCACUAUCGUUCGUCGUCAAGCUGACAGGGAUCGAGCUCGUCCAAGUGGGUCGUCGCGACCGGCUGCUCGAUGAGUGCGAGUGCCUCGCGGCGCUUCUCACGCACAAAGACGGGAUGCUUCACAUGCCGCGCGAGGCGCAAAAAGUGCGACGAGACGCGCGACCCAGAGACGGGCGCCUGCCAGCGCUGCCGCAAGUCGGCCAUCCAGUGCCUGGGCUUCCCAGCACUCAAGCGUGCCCCGCCGUCUGCUGAGAGACGCCAGCUCGCUGCGGGUGCGGCAGACACAGCAGGCGCGGCUGGCAGAAUUAGCACGGCAGACGCAGCAGACACAAUAGGCACAGCAGGCACGGCAGGGCCCUCCACGCCGCAACAAGCGCCGGCUGACCUCCCACCAGCCGACCCCCCGUCAGCCUCGCAAGCCGACGACGACGACGUCAGCAACGUCGACAUCCUCCAGCUCCUCGACAAGCCGCUCGACGACCUCCCCUGGUGUCUCUUCGACUCGAUCCCCACUGGCUCGUCGAGUCUGGAGGAUGCCAGGUCGCUCCUCGCCACCCCGCUGGCGUCCAGCGAGCUGCCUCUUGCCCCGACGGGCGCCGCUCGCCUCUCAAACAAGCAGGCCCUCGACAUCCUGGCCGACGUGUUUGCGGCGACAUGCACCCACCGCUGGCGAGCGUCCAAGGAGGUCGAGGAGUCGCGCAUGAAGCUCGUCUCGGCCCUCAGCAGGCGCCUCCAUCGCUCCGAGGUCUUUGCCCUGUCCGUGGCCGCGCUCAUCGCCUUCCAGCACUUUGACCGCGGCUCCGUGCAGGCGCAGGACAACGCCAAAGAGCAGGUGCUCCAGGACAAGUGGGCCGCCAUCUCGCAGGCGCUCUCGGACACGCAGAUCCGCCGCCUGACGGCAUUCCUCGAGUGGCUCGGCGCAGACUCGAAGCAACGGAGCCGCAGUGCCGAGCUGCGCUCGCCCAACGACGAGUGCAGCUUCCUCUUUGACCUCGCCGACCAGGUGCUGGUGCAGGUUACCUGGGCCGCCGACCAGGAGCAGGAGCUUGCGUCGAUGCAGUGCUCGCCGCUGGAAAACGCCGCGGUGGUCCACGUCGACAAGUACCUGCACGCGGGCAUGAACCUGGCCCUGAUCGCCUACCGCCACCACUCGGCGCGCCACUUUCAGAAGCAGCUCCGCGCCGUCGAGGAUCUUCUGAACAACCUCCUGGGCCGCAACCACUCGGUGCAGCUCGACGCCAUCCACGGCCUCGAUGCCGUCGGCUUCCGCACGUUUGUCUGGACAGACAUCCUCAAUGCGCUCCUCGGCUGCCGCAGCACCACGCUCCACUACAAUCUAGCCAGUGGCGCUGACUCGGCCACGCCCCUGGGCGAGACGGCAGCAGACGCAAUCGGCGACGAGGGCACGCGGCUGCGCAUCUGCUUUGGCUGCCCCGAAGACGUGCUGCUCGUGCUCGCGACGAUUGCCAAUCUGCACUUCCAGCUGCUGCAUGCGCACAGAAACGGCGCCAUCACGGGCCAAGGGCUCGCCUCGCUGCCUGCGUGGGCCUUUCACCAGGCGCACGAGCUGCAGGAGCGGCUGCGCAAGUCGCAGCAGCGCGCAGACGCACGCCACCAGAUGCGCAUGCAGCGCGGCCGCAGAGAGCACCACCAUCUGGGCAACAUGUGGCGCCACGCAGCCUCGAUUCUGCUGCGCACCGCCAUCUACCGCGAGGGCCCAUUGACAGCCGACAACCAGGCGCACCUGCGCGCCAUUCUCGACAUCUGGCAGCAGCCGCACCUGCGCCCGACGACGGUCGCGUGGGGCAACGCCAGCAUGCCGCUGCUGUGCGCCGCGUUCGUCGCACUCUCGCCAGCCGACCGGCACGUCUGCUGGGACGCCCUGACGGCGUCGGGCAGCGCCGAAAAGGGCCGCGAGAGCUACAGAAGCUUUGUCACGCAUCUCUGGCGGCGCUCAGAGGAGACGGGCUUCGUCAUGCUGUGGCAGGAUGCACUGCCGUCCUUUGGCGAGGUCAUGUCCAUCAUGUAGUAGCACUGGAGCUGGAGCUGGAGCUGGGGCUAUUCUUAUUCUUGUCACUACAGCUGUUCUUGUACCGCCUCUGAAGCUGUUCUACAAGAGCUGUUCUUUACCAUCACUAGAGCUGCUCUAAUUACUCAUACGUCUUGCUCAUUCGAGACUGCUUCAUCUGCGUCUACGUCU